UCCAGGUUUUCUGCCGCCCCAAGCAGCGCAAAAAACAAACAAACAAACAAAAAGCCACGGCAGCGCAAUUGCGCUGCUCCACUCUUCAGCGGCAGUUCAGCAGGGAAUUCAGCCAGCAAUUCAGGCCACCGAAGACCUGGACCUGCCAUCACAAUAGCAGCCAGAGGGCCGCCCCUUGGUAUUGGUCACCCCAAGCGCCUGCUUCUUUAACUGGUGCCUGGAGCUGGCCCUGGCCCUGCCCAAACUGCCCCUGCCCCCAGUGCCCCCAUCUCCUUCUGCCUCAGCAGGAGACUUUCCCAUCCCCUUACCCCGCCCCCAGCUUCCCCAUCCCUGGCACCCUCAUAGCCCGGGCCAGUUGGGUUCAGAGAGUCUCCUCUCCCUAAGACCCAGGGCACACGGUCCCAAGGCUGAAUGCCCAGUAGCAGAGAGUUCCACAGGGUCAGGGAGACAGAGCCUUUCCCGCCAUCCUUGCUACCCUGAGUUGCUCCCAUUCCCCCCCUUAUGUUACAGAGUCCUGUAUGUCCUGGUCUUGACUUCCCAGCUCCCCUCGCUCUCUAAGCACUGCCCAUGCUGGGUUCAUACCCAGCCGACAGGCACUGGAGGGGGGACUUCCUGGCUGGAGGGAGACAGGAAGGGAGUCCCCAUUGUUCAGCUUCCUCUCCGUGGAGAGAGAGGGGAGAAUAUAGGGACUAGAGGUUCCAGACCCCACUGGAGGGGGGAAUAUAUGGACUGGAGAGAUGGGAAACACAGAACUGGAUAGUGAGGCGGCCGCGAGGUGGAAAACGUUGGAUCCAGCUCCCAAGGGGAGUGGGAGAAUAUACAAACACGUGGAGGGGGGAGCAUAUAUACAGACCGCAUCGCUGGGAAACAUGGAGCCGGAUCCUGGGGGGAAGGGGAAGAAUAUACAGACGAGCACUGGGAAACAUGGAGCCGGAUCCCAAGGGGAAUAUGGAGUGGAGAACUGGCAACAUGGAGCUGGAUCCCAGGGGAGGGGGAAAUAUACAAAAUGGAGAUCUGGGAAACACGCAGCCCUGGGACAGAGCCACAUAGCGUGUCUGUCCCAGGUUCUAGGUCUCUCUGGCCUUGGCUCUGUUCCCAGGUGGAUCCAAUCUGGGCUUUAAUGCUCUGCUCUGGAUUUCAUGUCACUUCCUUUCCAGACUGUUUCCACUCCAGGAUUUUGAUCUCCCCGGUAGGCUCUGCUCCAGGCUAUGCGGUUCUGACUCCCAUCCACCCCCUUUUAGUCCUGCCGGCUUUACCAUUCCCUGGAGGUACUCCAGGCUGAUACAGCUCCGGGCUUUGUGCCACUCCACUGGCUCCAGCUCCGGGCUUUCCGUCCUUCCCCCCUUCCUGCCCCUCCCUGGUUCCAGCUCCAGAUUUUCUGUCCUGCCCCCACUUCCUGCCCCUGCUUGGCUCCAGCUCCGGGCUUUCUGUCUAUCUGGCCCCGGGCUCUGUUCCUAGACUCCGUCCAGUUCCGUGCUGUCCGCUCUGACUGCAGCUCCGGAUUUCUCUCUCUCCAUCCAGUGACUCCACUCCGUCGUGCCCCUGCUAUCCAGCUCCGGGCUUUGAGUCUCCCCGGCCCCUGGCUCCGUUCCCAAGCCGGCUCCGGGUUUCCGCCCAGCCCCGCCCCGCCCCGCCCAGCGCACUCAGCCUGGCCCCGGGGCGCAGCAGGGAGCCGGUGCUCGAGGGGCGAAGAGAGCGUCCCGCCCCCAGCCUGGCACCCAGUCCUGGACCUCUCCGGGGGCAGCCCAUGACUCCUCCGUGGGGCUGAGAAGUCCCCUCCCCCCACGGCCCCCCCAUGCUGCCCCGCUCGCUGCGCCAUCUGCUGGAGGGGGCCCGGCUGGAGCUGGGGGAGGAGCAGGGGGUCACUCUGAGCGGGUACCGGAGCUGGUCCCCCGACCCCCCGCAGCCGCAGCCCCCAGUGACCCUGACUGAGGAGGCCGAGGAGGGGGUGAUCUACACAGUGACCACACGCCAGCCCGGGGGCGCCCAGCCAGGGGCCCCGGUGGGGGCAGGGAGCCAGGCCCGCUCGCUGAAGGCCGGGUCGCUGGUCCGGCUGGUUCGGCACCUGCUGGAGGCCCAGAUGCUGGGCGACACCACCUACGUUCCUGCCUUCCUGGUCACCUACCGGGUGUUUGCUCACCCCCCUACGGUGCUGGGGCUGCUGCUUGACAGGCUGGAGGAGGUCGGGGCGCUGGAGCUGGGGCCCGUCUCCCCAGAGACAGCUGAGCUACAGCGGGCCUUCUCCUCGGUGAUGUGCUCCUGGCUGGACGGGUACCCCGAGGAUUUCGGAGGGGCCUUGGACCGGGGCCUGGUGGAGCGACUGGGCCGGAGCCUGCAAUGUGCCCUGGGGCAGGGCUCCGAGGCCGAGAGAUGCCUGCUCGCCCUACGGGGGGUGCAGGGAGGGCCCAGCAAUGGAGGAGAGCUGGAGGAAGAGGAAUGGGGGGUAGGGAAAGAUGGCCCUGAGGGGUGUGUGACCCCCAGGGGGGACCCUGACCCCCUUGACAUCCUGAUCUUCCAAGCCGACCAUGUGGCUGCUCAGCUGACGCUGGUGGAGGCGGCGCUGUUCCUGCGGGUCGUGCCCUACCAGUGCCUGGGCUCACUCUGGUCUCAGCGGGACAAGAAGGGGCGGGAGCGGGAUUGCCCCAGCGUCCGUGCCACUGUGCACCAGUUCAACCGCCUGGCUGGGGCUGUGAUCCGCUCCUGCCUGGCGAGGCCGGGGCUGCGCCCCCAGCAGCGGGCCCGGAUCCUGGAGAAAUGGAUCCACGUGGCUGAGGAGUGCCGCGCCCUGAGGAAUUUCUCGUCUCUCUGCGCCAUCAUCUCUGCCCUGCAGUCGAGCCCCGUGCACCGGCUCAAACGGACCUGGGACGAGACUGCCAGGGAUGCGCUGCGCAGCUACGAGGAGCUCAGCACCAUCUGUUCUGAACAGGAUAACUACAGCCUGAGUCGGCAGCUGCUGUUCCAGGAGGGCACCUCCAAACCGUCUGGCACCGACCCUGCCCCACGCCGGCACCUGCGGAGACCCCAGGAGCAGCGCCCAGUGGGCGUGGUUCCGUACCUGGGCACCUUCCUGCGAGACCUGGUGAUGCUGGACACGGCCAUGAAGGACGAGCUGGAGAACGGAUACAUCAACUUCGAGAAGCGGCGCAAGGAGUUCGAGGUGCUGGCCCAGCUGCGUCUCCUGCAGUCCGUGUGUCGCAACUACAGUGUCCAGCCCAGCCCCCCCUUUCAGUGCUGGCUGCGGGCGCUGCCCCCCCUCUCUGAGGCACAGAGUCACAGUCUUUCCUGUGAGAUCGAACCCCCUGGGGAGGCCCCAACCCCCCAGCAGCUCCUGAAGCCCACCCUGGUCAUCACCCACUGCACAGAGCUGCUGAGCUCCGUGGGGAACCCCCUGGUCUCCUGGGAGGGGCCCAGCUCCCAUGAGGGGCCCUCUGGCUGCAGCCCUGACCUGCUGCCGCCCCCCCGUGGCCCCACGCAGCUGCUGUCUCGCCUGGCGCAGCACAUGAAGUGGCCGUCAGUCUCCGCGCUGGACACAGCUCCUGAGGACGUGGGUUCCUCGGCCGGGGGCCUCUCGCCCCCCACCCCCACCGGGGGGGACUUUCCCCGGGGGCACCGGCGCUCGGCUUCAUGCGGCUCUGCCUUCCCUGCCCCUCCCAACCCGGCGCCUGGGCCCCCCUCCUCUGACUGCUGCAUCAUCCGCGCCCGCAUGGCCCUGCACAACGGCAGCCUCUAUAAAAGCAUCCUGGUGACCAGCCAGGACAAGACCCUGUCUGUCAUCGCCAAGGUGCUGGAGAAGCACGGCCAGGAGCCGGGGGCUGCCCCCCAAUUCCAGCUGGUCCAGCUGCUGCCUCAGGGGAAAGAGCUGACCUUCCCGCCUACAGCCAAUGUCUUCUAUGCCAUGAAUGGCUCCAGCUUGGACUUUGUGCUGCGUCCCAAGAGCGCCAGGGAGCCUCCCCUGCCCCCCAGUGCCGUGCCCCGUAGGGCAGAGCUCAGCGCCACCUUCCCCAAGAUCAAGGCCACCGGCCGCAAGCUUGCCAGGGCCCUCUUCUGACGGCGAACCCCAAAACCGCCCUGGGGCUUCCUGGGCCUGGAGGAAAGGAAGUGACCUGCACCCUCCCAGGCUUUGAGGAAGGGAAUUGGAGCUGCCUAGGGCUGUCUACUUGGCCUGGGGCUGCCUUCAUGUCUCCUGGCAUCAGGGUCUGGUCUGCCCCAGGACUGUCCAGGGGGCAGCCUGCCCAGCAGCCUCAGGGCCAUGACCUAAGUGCCUUGAAAUGGGUGAUGUCCUGACAGCUCCUCCCCCAGAGGUCAGGACCUACUUCCUGUCCACCCAGGAGGUACAGCCCCCAUGGGGGGCAGGGGCAGUGACCCCCCACAGCAUGGUCUCACCCCUGCCACAAGGACUCCGUGGGGAGGCCAGCGUGGUAACGUCCUGCUAGACAUGGGGGGGAUAUGGGGUGCCCCACUGGUGCCGAGAUGGCAGCUUCUUAGGGACUUGUCCCGACUGGAGGUGUAGGGGGAAGGACUGUGUGAUCCAAGCCCUGCAGGGGCAGCUGAUACCCCCCCAUCACUGUAUAGGGGGCUUGUGGCCCUAGCCCUCUUCGCUGUAACACUAAUGCAAUAAAGACACUAGAAGCAG